AUGCCUCCCUCCAAGUCGAAUGGCUCCUCUGCCGGCCAGGUGAGCCACCGCCUACGCAACUUCUUUCGAAUGAACAGCGCCACGAGCAGCAGCAGCGACAAGGACAAGACCACCUCUCACAACAAUGCUUCUGUCUCGUCGCUCUCUGCUCAUGCCGCUGGCUCCGAUCUCUCCGGCCCCAAACCCUCUCGUCACACAAAGUUCUUCAGCAACACCGUCGGCCGACUCCGCGCCCACACCGUUGCCAGCGAAGGCAACCAGCUCGAGGAGGCCAUGAGCCCAACCGCCCACGCCAAUCCCUACUUUGCCCACCAGGGCCAGCCCGGCCUGCGACAUCACAACGAAGGCUCCGUGCCACCCAGCCCUCCCGACACCCCCGACCUGAAGGUUUGCGGUCCUGAUGGUCUACCGGUAGAUCAGGCCACCAGCGAAACCAAGGAGGAGUUGGCUCGUCGCCUGCGGAGGGUUGCUAGUGCCCCCAAUGCUCAAGGCCUGUUUGUCAGCAGCGUAGCAGCCGAAGCCGUCCCUCCGCUACCCAACAGCGAGCGGCCCGCCACCGCAGAGCUUGGCAAAGAUCCCCUCAUCAUCAACGGUGCCGCCGCAGGCUCCGCUUCGCUGACCAAGGCAAACUCCGAGUCGUCCAAGGUUGAGCUGCAGCUUAAAACCAGCGAGGACGUCUUGUCGGCCUUGCCAGCUCCCAUCACCUCUCUCGCUUUCCGGCGAACGUACAGCUCCAAUUCCAUCAAAGUGCGCAAUGUCGAAGUUGGCCCGUCAAGCUUUGACAAGAUCAAGCUCAUCGGAAAGGGCGAUGUUGGCAAGGUGUACUUGGUCAGAGAAAAGAAGAGCAGCAGGCUCUACGCCAUGAAGGUGUUGAGCAAGAAGGAGAUGAUCAAGCGGAACAAGAUCAAGCGAGCAUUGGCGGAACAAGAGAUUCUGGCAACCAGCAACCACCCCUUCAUCGUCACCUUGUAUCACUCGUUCCAGUCAGAGGACCACUUGUAUCUGUGCAUGGAGUACUGCAGUGGAGGAGAGUUCUUCAGGGCGCUGCAAACCCGCCCCGGGAAAUGCAUUGCCGAGGAUGAUGCUCGCUUUUACGCUGCCGAAGUCACUGCCGCCCUGGAGUACCUCCAUCUCAUGGGCUUCAUCUACCGUGAUCUUAAACCGGAAAACAUCCUGCUCCAUCAAUCUGGUCACAUCAUGCUCUCAGACUUUGACUUGUCCAAGCAAUCCGAUCCCGGCGGCAAACCCACAAUGAUUGUUGGCAAGAAUGGUGCUAGGACAGAUGCUCUGCCCACGAUUGAUACAAGGUCAUGCAUCGCCAAUUUCCGGACCAACUCGUUUGUCGGCACCGAGGAAUACAUUGCCCCCGAGGUUAUCAAGGGAAGCGGGCACACGAGCGCUGUCGACUGGUGGACCCUUGGCAUUCUCGUCUAUGAGAUGCUGUAUGGCACGACGCCGUUCAAAGGCAAGAAUAGGAACGCAACAUUUGCCAAUAUUCUGCGGGAGGACAUUCCCUUUCCCGAUCAUGCCGGCGCGCCUCAGGUUUCCAACCUCUGCAAGUCUUUGAUACGAAAACUCUUGAUCAAGGAUGAAAACCGCAGGUUAGGAGCUCGAGCUGGCGCCUCCGACAUCAAGGCGCAUCCAUUCUUCCGCACGACGCAGUGGGCGUUGAUACGUCAUAUGAAACCUCCCAUAGUCCCCCACGCCACGAAAGGAACUGACACGGUCAACUUUCGCAAUGUAAAGGAGAGCGAGAGCGUGGACAUUAGCGGGUCUAGGCUCAAAGGUGUUCCUCUGGAUAGCGGCCUGGCCACGCCGGGAGCGGAGGUGGAUGAUCCCUUCAGCGAGUUCAACAGCGUCACCCUGCAUCACGACGGCGACGAUGACCAACAUAUGGUCCAUCCAGCCGCCCCGCAAAAUGCCAGGGUUUCUACAUAG